GGGGAGGUGUGAGAGAAGAACAUCGAGGCACAGAGAGAGGACCAGAGAGAGGAAGAGAGAGGAGGAAAGAGAGCGAGAGAGUGAAGGAAGGGAGGAGAGCUCAGAGUAACAGACUCAUACUUUUGAGCAAAAGAGACAAAGAAAGAAAAAAGUGUGUAGGAGAGUAACCAGAGAAGUCUCAACACGAUCCCACUGAACCUGACAACCAAGGGACAGUAGGACCAGGGGCUGUUAAAGGAUAUGUAACGACACACACAUUCUGGACAGUGGACAGUCAAACUACAGCUGCAGAGUCUCUGACAUGGGGGGAAUCUGGAUGCACUGAAGAUCUGCUGGACCUAAAGACACCCCAGCUUCAACACAAUGACCACUUUUCCCUCCUCCCCCCUUUCCACCUCCUCUCCCAACACCUCUUUACCCCUGUCCUCCUCUUCCUUCCCCUUCUCCAAUGCCACCUAUCCCCCCUUUACCUCCUCCUCUCCAAACCAGACCCUAUGUAAUCUAGAUGACAGUGCCCUGCGCCUCCCCCUGGUCUUCUUCUACUCCCUCUUCUUCCUCCUGGGUCUGGUAGGUAAUCUCCUGGCCCUGUGGGUCUUCGUAUUCCUCCACUCCAGGAGGAACUCUGUCCGGGUGUUCCUCAUCAACGUGGCCAUAGCUGACCUGGUGCUCCUGGCCUGCCUUCCCUUCAGAGUCCUCUACCAUGCUAACGGUAACCGCUGGGUCCUCGGCCCCCUGGUCUGUAAAGUGGUGGGCAACCUCUUCUACAUGAACAUGUACAUCAGUAUCACUCUGCUGGGGUUCAUUAGUCUGGAUAGGUAUGUGAAGCUGAAGGGGCGGGGCGGAGCCAGGAGGCUGAGAGGUGGGGGAUGGAGCUGGGUGGCGUGCAGGGCGCUCUGGGGGCUGUCCCUGGCGGCGGCCGUGCCCAUGAUCGCCAUGUCGGAGGGAAACGAGGAACCUGGGAAGUGUUUCCAGUAUAAGCAGCGGCGUGGGGCGAAGGGGAAGGCUUACUUCAACAUGGCUCUGGUGCUGCUGUUCUGGGGGGUGUUCUGCCUGCUGGUGGUCUCCUAUGGGAAGAUAGCCAUGCGCCUCCUCAAGGUGUCCAGGGAUAAACCUGACCUCCCCAAUGCCCACCGCUACGGUAGCGCCGCCAGGAAGUCCUUCUUCGUGCUCUUCCUGUUCACCGUCUGCUUCGGGCCCUACCACGCCUUCCGCCCAUUCUACGUCCUCUCCCAGCUCAACCAAUCCCCAUCCUUGUCAUCCUGGGCAGACGAAGAGAGAGCAGUAGGAGUAGCAGUGUUGUCUGUGGUGAUCCAUGUUUCCGUCAGUGCCAAGAAGUCGAGGGACUGGAGGGAGGCAUAGGCUGAGAUGAACUCUGCCUUGUUGGCCGCAGAUCGGCAGUUCCAGAGGCUACCGGAGACCUGGAACUCCACUUGGAUCGUGCGCGCUGGGACCACCAGAUUAGGGUGGCCGCGGCCACGCGGUGUGGAGCGUUUGUAUGGUCUGUGCAGAGAGGAGAGAACAGGGAUAGACAGACACAUAGUUGACAGGCUACACAAGAGGCUACGCUAAUGCAAAGGAGAUUGGAAUGACAAGUGGACUACACGUCUCGAGUGUUCAGAAAGUUAAGCUUACGUAGCAAGAAUCUUAUUGACUAAAUUGAUUAAAAUGAUACAGUACUGCUGAAGUAGGCUAGCUGGCAGAGGCUGCGUUGUUGACUAUGUAGGCUAGCUGGCAUUGGCUGCGUUGUUGACACUACACUAAUCAAGUCGUUCCGUUGAGUGUAAUAGUUUCUACUGUGCUGCUAUUCGGGGCUAGCUGGCUAGCUAGCAGUGUUGAUUACGUUACGUUGCGUUAAAAGAACGACAAUAGCUGGCUAGCUAACCUAGGAAAUCGCUCUAGACUACACAAUUAUCUUUGAUACAAAGACGGCUAUGUAGCUAGCUAUGUAGCUAGCUACGAUCAAACAAAUCAAGCCGUUGUACUGUAAUGAAAUGAAAUGAAAAAUGUGAUACUACCUGUGGAGCGAAGCGAAAUGCGACCGGAUUGUUGAGUGCAGAAGUUCUGUUCGGUAGAUGUUGGCUAGCUGUUGGCUAGCUAGCAGAGUCUCCUACGUUAAGGACGACAAAUAGCUGGCUAGCUAACCUCGGUAAAUUAAGAUAAUCACUCUAAAACUACACACUCUAAACUACACAAUUAUCUUGGAUACGAAGACAGCAAAGACAACUAUGUAGCUAGCUAACACUACACUAAUCAAGUCGUUCAGUUGAGUGUAAUAGUUGUGCUGCUAAUCGGUAGACGGUGGACUAGCUAACGGUGGACGUUAGCUAGCUGGCUAGCUGCAGGGCAGUGUAGACUGCGUUAGGAGGACGAAAUACGAUAAUUACGCAAUUAUCUAUGAUACAAAGACGGCUAUGUAGCUAGCUAAGAAGAAAUUGCUAAGAUUAGACAAAUCAAACCGUUGUACUAUAAUGAAAUGUAAUGAAAUGUAAUACUACCUGCGGACCGAGUGCAGAUGCGACCGCUCGCUCCAACCCGGAAGCCAUGUGUAAUGGUCACAUACACAUGGUUAACAUAUGUUAAUGGUCACAUACACAUGGUUAGCAGAUGUUAAUGGUCACAUACACAUGGUUAACAGAUGUUAAUGGUCACAUACACAUGGUUAACAGAUGUUAAUGGCCACAUACACAUGGUUAACAGAUGUUAAUGGCCACAUACACAUGGUUAACAGAUGUUAAUGGUCACAUACACAUGGUUAACAGAUGUUAAUGCGAGUGUAGCGAAUUGCUUGUGCUUCUAGUUCCGACUGCAGCAAUAUCUAACAUCUACAUGUGAGAAGAGUAAUGUAGGGUAUGUAAGCAUUAUAUAAAGUGGAACACAGGAGUGAUGGUUGCUGAUAAUGGGACUCUUUAUGCCGUUUCCAGCUACAAUAGUCAUUUACAACAUUAACAAUGUCUACACUGUAUUUCUGAUAAAUUUUAUGUUAUUUUAAUGGACAAAAAAAAAAGAUUUUCUUUCAAAAACAAGGACAUUUCAAAGGGACCCCAAACUUUUGAAUGGUAUGUAAAUGCCUGUGUCUGUCAGUUAACUAAAACUUUUGAAUGGUAUGUAAAUGCCUGUGUCUGUCGGUUAACUAAUAUUGUCAAUAGUAUGUGACACAAUCAUAUCUGAUAUAACACUGUACAAAGAAAAUAAAUAUAUACGAUUUAAGCUCACAUGUAUAUGGUGGGCAACCUCCUCUA